AUGCCGCAGGACGCGGGCGCGUACGUCGCCCACGCGUCCGAGUCGACGGACCAACAGGACGAGCCGCUGGAUACGCCCGUGGACUAUGACAAACUCACGACGCCCAAUGGCGGCGACACACCCGCUACAGCUACUGCUGCUGCUGCUGCUACUGCGGCAGACGCGCCGGACGAGACGUACGACGACCUCAUGCACGGGAUCAAUUCGUUUUGGGCCAUUGUGUUCCCCGUGUGCGUGACAAUGAUCGUCGCGAGUCUCGUGGUCGUCAACUACCGCAGCGAGAGCAUUGAGGCGUCCAUGUCGACGUAUUUGGUCUACGGCGACUCGGGCGCGAACGCCAGUAGUGGCAGCAGCGGCGGCGGCGCUGGCUUUGGCAAGUCGCUCGUGAACGCACUGGUGAUCAUCUGUGCCAUUGCCGUCUUGACGUUUGGCAUGGCGCUGCUGUACAAGUACAACUGCAUGAAGUUCCUGAGUGGGUACAUUAUGUUUGCCUCGGCGGCGAUCUUGAGUUUCGUGGGCGGCCAACUCGUGGACGAGAUGGUGAACGACCAGUUUGGAUGGUCCGUGGACUGGCCGUCGUUCCUCUUUGUGAUGCUCAACUUUGGCGUCGUGGGUGUGAUUUCCAUCUUUUAUCAGAAAGGCAUCUCAAAGCUCGUGCAGAAUGGCUACUUGGUCAUGGUCAGUGUCAUCUUAGCAUGGGAGUUUUCCAUGUGGCCCGAGUGGACGACCAUUACGUUUUGCGUCUUGUUUGCGUGCUACGACCUCUGUGCCGUGCUGACGCCCUGUGGACCGCUCAAGUACCUCAUUGGACUGAUCCAGGAGAAACAAGCACCCCUUCCAGGGCUGCUGUACGAAGCAGAUGUGCGAGACGGUGUCACGCAUAACCAUCACCGACAGAAGCAACAGGGAGCCACAGCGUCGCGCCCGAAGAAAGCGUCAGUGGAUACCACGCUUGAUGUCGAACGGCAGCCGUCGUCUGCGACCUCACAGACGUCGUCUAGCAACAGCCAUCAGAACUAUGAUGCUAGCGCUGCCGCGACCGUCAAUGAUGCUAUGCGUGCUUCACCACCUCAAGGGUCGAGCCAAGAGUCGACGGUCGCCGCUGUUUCAACGUCAGAAUGCACCGAGUCGUCACCGAUCCCGGUACUGUCUUCGGGCCAGCGACCGCGCAAUGUGGCCGAGUCUAGCUUCACGACGUACGAGUGCGAGACGCUGGAGGCGCUUGUAAGUCUGCUCACGGUGUUCUAUGAGACGUUCAGUCCUGAAGAUGCGUGGAAAGCCCCGCAGGUCGCCGAGAAGUUCUUCGAGACGCAAGAUCGGCUGUGGCUGCUGAUCUUCCACAAGUACUUCGUCUGUUCGUGCUCGAUAGAUAUGCCGUGUCCAUUGCAAGCGCGACGUGACCGUCGCAGACGCGAACGCGAGGAGGAAGACGAAGACGACAAGACCAUUAAGCUGGGACUAGGUGACUUUAUUUUUUACAGCGUGCUGGUCGGCCGGGCUGCUAUCAAGGACUUUUCGACGUUUGCAGUCACGUUUGUGUGCAUCGUGAUGGGUCUCGGCGGAACACUUUUUCUGCUGGCCGUGUUGCACAAAGCACUACCAGCGCUACCUAUUUCGAUCUUCCUGGCCACGCUUUUUUACUUCCUGACGGAGUACAUCUUCAUUGACUUUUGCAGCUUCAUGAUGGCGUUUCCAGCUGCGGUGUAG